AUGGGAUUCUCUGAACGUAGGUUCACGAAUAGUGCUGCAUUUAAGGGAUACAUUGCCACCGGUAUGGUGCCAGCUGUAUGGGUUCCUGUAGUUAGCCAUCUGAUGUCUCACUGCUUUGCUAAAAUAAGUAUUGAAAUUUCAUAUCAUUUGGAUAUGAUUGUAAAACUAAUAAUUGCGUAUCCAUAUCAUGUUUUACACACCGUUCUCAUGUAUAAAUUUAAUGAGGUAUGCGAACAGCUCUGCUUCGCCAUUCUUCAGUUAGGCCAUUUGCCAUCUCUGCCCAUUUUCCCGCUUUUAGAAUCACUCAUAUAUUGUGGAUACACUACUAGAGGAGCAAUGGAGCGGAUCUGUAUACAAGCUGAUGGACUUUCAGCUCCCAAAAUUUUUCGAACGAAAGGAAGCGAUGGAAAAAUUUACAAAAUCAUUUGGAAGAACGAAGACGUUCGACAGGAUUGUCUCGUCGAGCAACUUUUCUCAGUCGUUAACGGAAUCUUAAAUCGUUCAGAGCCUUCAGCAUUCCUGCGCACCUACAAGGUGGUCCCUUUAGAUAGCAAGUGUGGUAUCAUAGAAUUUUGUCAAGGGACAGUAUCGCUGAGUAAGUGGGUUUGCUUUGUAAAGGAGUCAAUGCGAACUAAUUUGAAGGACGCCGCCAGAACGCAAGUAAAUGAAGCGUCAAGGAUGCACUUUUUCUAUGAACAGCACAGCACAGUUCAAUCUUGGACCCAAGCGAUCGCCAAUUAUAGACGGAGUCUCGCCCAAUGGAGUAUAGUGACGUAUGUUGUCGGCCUUGGUGACCGUCACCUCAGCAAUGUGCUCUUUGAAAUGGACACCUGCAAAUUGGUCCAUAUCGAUUUGGGUAUGAUCCUAGAGUACAGCAAAAGAACAUUACCCAUCCCUGAAAGGGUUCCGUUUCGCCUCACAAGAGAUCUUUUGGAUCCGAUUCUUAUUGAAGGGACGGAUGGACAACUUCUAGAAGGGGCAGUCCGUACAAUGAGACUGCUCCGGGAAAGCAAGCAUGUUAUUCUCGGACUAGCCUCAGUGUUGCUUCGUGAGACAAUCUCUAACUUCGAAGAAGUGGAAUCGAGCCAAGGCGAGCGCCCCUCAUUUGUCUCGGAGACUGCUAUCGCAAGACUUCGCGACAAGUUGAGUGGAACGGAUGACACAUUCGGAGUAUUUGCUAAGGUUAAGUGUAAUGUUAAGGUGCGUCGCUUAUUCGCUGAAGCAACAAGCGUCGACAACCUUAGUCGGAUGUUUGUUGGUUGGAUGCCAUUUGUUUAA